CCUCUUUCUUCUCCACUCUUCUUAGCACACACACACACCCUAAUCCAUUUCUCUCUCUCUCUCUCAACCAAAAAAAAAGAAGAAAAAGAAGAAGAGAGAAUAAGAGGAGAAAUAAAAAGAAAGCAACCCAAUCUUUAACCUUCAAAAAAACCCAGAUUUGUUACUUUCUUCAUCCUUCUUCUUCUUCUUCCCAACAUUUUUCUCUUUUUUUUUUUGAUUCUCAAGUAAAAAAGAAACACACUUUGUUGUCUCAAGAAGCAAACAGAACAAACCCCAACUUGGGGAAGUUUUUCAUUUUUUUUUUUUUUGUUAACCCAAAUCACAUUUUUCGUUGGGGAAAGAUGAGAGAUUUGGUGUCAUGUUUUAGCGAGAACUCUAUAAACGUGACACAUCCAUUAUCACUAUCAUUAUCAUCAUCGUCAUCAUCAUCUUGUUCAAAGUACACUACCAACAACGUAUGUAUCUCACCAUCUCUCAUACCAUCAACACAAACCACCAUUACAAGCAUCUACAGAAUCACUCUAUCGAAGCACCAUCUCAUCAUCAAGGUCACAUGGUGCAAUCCACACAACAACAAUGGUCUAAGCAUCUCUGUUUCCUCCGCGGACCAAAACCCUUCGACGCCUCUCAAACUCAACACUUCUUCUCGUUUCUUCCGUAAGAAGAAAGGUAACAAAUCAGUCGACUCCGAUCUCGGUAGAAUCGAGGUUUUUUGGGAUCUUUCUUCCGCUAAAUACAAUUCUAACUUGUGUGGUCCUGAGCCCAUCAAUGGUUUCUACGUUAUCGUCCUCGUUGAUGCUCAAUUGGGUCUUCUUCUUGGUGACACAUCCGAAGAGACUCUCCGUAAAAAGGGCUUCUCCGGCGAUAUCGGUUUCGAUUUCUCUCUUGUUUCACGGCAAGAACACUUCACCGGGAACAACACUUUCUACUCCACGAAAGCUAGAUUCGUUGAGACAGGAGAUUCGCACGAAAUCGUCAUCAGAUGUAAUAAAGAAACAGAGGGUCUGAAACAGAGCGUUCAUCAUCAUCAUCAUCAUCAAUACCCUGUUCUCUCUGUUUGUAUCGAUAAGAAGACGGUGAUUAAAGUGAAGAGGCUUCAAUGGAACUUUAGAGGGAAUCAGACGAUAUUUGUUGAUGGGUUGCUUGUGGAUCUGAUGUGGGAUGUUCAUGAUUGGUUCUUUAGUAAUCCAGGAGGAGGAGGAGGACCUUGUGGUGGUGGAAGAGCUGUGUUCAUGUUUAGGACAAGGAAUGGUUUAGACAGUAGCAGGCUUUGGUUAGAAGAGAAGAUGGUUAAGAAAGAUGAUGAACAAGACAAGCUUGACUUCUCUCUCCUCAUUUACGCCUGUAAGACUUAAAACUAAAAACAAAAACUAAGAAAAACCAAUUUUUUUUGUUUUCUUAGUUUUUGAGAUUUACAAGAAAUUGGUGAUUUGAUUCUGUUUUUAAUAUUUGAGAAUAUUAUUUUAAUGGGUUUGCGUUAUUAUUAUUUUUAUUCUUGGGAGGAGUAUAGAUUUUUCUUUCUUACAUUUUUUUUUGAGUUGUGAUUUAAUAUUGAGAAAUUCGAAAAUGUGAAUUUCUUCAUAGGAGUUGUUUUUGUUUUUUUGUUUUUAAAUGGUUUUUAUUAUAAAUUCAAGAGCAUUGCCUGAUCUUAAA